UUGUACACUGUGUAAUUUUGCUACUGUAUUAUGUAGAGUUUGAUACUUAUUUGUUUUUGUACUAUUUUAGAAAGAAAACAUAAUAGCUAACAAAUAUAACGACACAACUAAUUCAUACAAACGGUAUUUUAGAUCCAAAGGCUACCUCUAGAAUGAUUUACAUUUCUGUUUGUAUUGUGGGUCAUUUAAUUUGCAAACAUUUUUAGUAUCUGUAUAAGUAAUUCUAUAUAAUAUUGAAAUUUUUGGACGUAACGGAAACUCUUAUUGACAUUUUUCUGUUCAGUUAGGCUUCAGGUAGUUUUGAAAUUACUAUGAAGAUCACUGCUGUUUUCAUUUGCCUAUUAGAAUGAGUGACAGCCAUCAUCUUGGGACAUCUCCAUCUCUUGGAGAAGUAGAACAUAUCACACAUCUUUCUGAGCAUAUUGGCUCACUUUUCUGGAAUGAAGAUUAUAGUGAUAUUGUAUUACUAAUUGAAGGUCAGCGAAUACCCAGCCACAAAGUGAUCCUUGCUUCAAGAAGUGAAUAUUUUCGUGCUUUAUUAUAUGGUGGUUUAAGAGAAUCUCAAGAAGCGGAAGUUGAAUUGAAGGGAACAUCGCUGUCUGCAUUCAAAGUUCUCCUUAAAUAUAUUUAUACUGGUCAUAUGACAUUAGCCUCCCUUAAGGAGGAAAUGGUUCUUGAUAUUCUGGGUUUGGCACAUCAGUAUGGCUUUGUUGAAUUAGAAACAGCUAUUUCCGACUACUUAAAAGCUAUUCUGAAUAUUCGUAAUGUGUGUAUGAUAUACGAUAUGGCUAGUUUAUUUCACCUGUCUUCCCUUGCUGAUGUUUGUUGUAGUUUUGUUGAUCGUAAUGCUCUUGAUAUAAUUCAUCAUGAAUCAUUUCUUACAUUGUCUGCCUCUGCCCUGAAAGAAAUGAUCAGCAGAGAUUCUUUUUGUGCUUCUGAAGUAGACAUUUUUCGUGCUGUUUGUGAGUGGGCACAGCAGAAUCCAGAUGUUGACAUGAGGGAGAUAUUGUCAGCUGUUCGAUUGCCUCUUAUGGCAUUACCAGACCUACUUAAUGUUGUCCGGCCUACUGGUUUGGUUAGUGCAGAUACUAUAUUAGAUGCCAUUAAAGCAAGAACUGAGAGCAGAGACACCGAUUUAAAAUAUCGAGGGUAUCUGAUGCCUGAAGAAAAUGUGGCAUCACCAAAACAUGGUGCUCAGGUUUUACAUGGUGAGUUGCGAUCUGCUCUCCUUGAUGGUGAUGUGCAUACAUAUGACAUGGAAAGAGGUUUCACAAGGCAUCCUAUUGAUGAUAAUAAUGGCCAAGGAAUUCUUGUUAUGCUAGGGAGGCAGUGUAUAAUUAACCAUAUGCAUAUGCUUCUGUGGGACAGAGAUAUAAGGUCCUAUUCAUAUUACAUUGAAGUUUCAGUUGAUCAGAAAGAUUGGGUGAAAGUUAUUGAUCACACUCGUUACUUGUGUCGAUCAUGGCAACAGUUGUAUUUCAAGCCCCGUGUAGUUAGGUACAUUAGAAUUGUUGGCACUCAUAAUACAGUAAAUAGGGUUUUCCAUCUUGUAUCAUUUGAAUGUAUGUACACAAACAGCCCGUUUAGGUUGGAGAAAGAUUUACUUUAUCCUCUUCAUAAUGUGGCUACAGUGUCUGCAAGUGCAUGGGUUACAGAAGGUGUCAGUCGUAGUAGAAAUGCUUUAAUAAAUGGAGAUACUGAGAAUUAUGACUGGGACUCUGGUUAUACUUGUCAUCAGCUAGGCAGUGGGGCUAUAGUUGUUCAGCUUGCCCAGCCUUUCAUACUAGAUUCUAUGAGAAUGCUGUUAUGGGACUGUGAUGAUCGGAGUUACAGUUACUAUAUCGAAGUAUCUACAGAUCAACAGCACUGGCAUAUGGUAACUGAUAAAAGAAAUGAAGCUUGCCGUGGUUGGCAAACCAUCAUAUUUCCACCCAGACCUGUCGUUUUCAUACGCAUUGUAGGAACUCAUAAUACUGCAAAUGAGGUAUUUCACUGUGUGCAUUUCGAAUGUCCGGCCCAAAUUCCCUCAUCUCCAAAUUCUUCUAGUAGCAGUUUGACUGAUGUAGGAGCUAAUUUUGAAGAAUUUCUGAAAACUGAAAGUGAGCAGCAAACAUAACACAUGUGCUUAUGUGUGACUCGCAAUUCUGGGAAAUGUGUGUAAAAAAAAUGAUUGUGAUAACUGAAUGAAGUGUGCUUACUUGAAUCAUUGCAAAGAACUUCCUUUCUUUUAGAUGUUGCAUUUUCCAACAAAGAUCUGAUGUAUAAUAUUCUAUUUAUUUUAUGAAUCUUCUUGCUUAUUUCAAGGGAUUCUGUUUAUUGUCUUGUGUAGCUUGUGUUUAUGAAUGUAUAUCUGGUUAAAAUGCUCAAGAUUUUGUGAUCUCCAAAUGCAUUUUCUCCUGUGUUUUUAAAACAUUUGUGAUAAAUUUAUUAAAUUAAAAAUUUUAGAGUUAGUUAUUUUUGCAUUAGGAUCAAUUUGUUUUAGCCAAGCUGUCAUUCACAUGUAAAGUCCUUUUUAUGUAACUAAAGAGUAUUUGCUACACAGCUGUAUAACAUACGUUUCACUGCAAUUCUAUGUUUGGAAAUCAAACUCUUUUUGACACUGAAUAUCAGUUUAUAUAUUUUAGCUUUCCUUAAUUUGAAAUGUGUAAAUUUUGGGAACAAAAAAGACUGAUUAUUGCAGAUUUUGUGCGUUUUAACCUUAUAACAUAUUGACACUGGUUUCUCUGGUUCCAGAAACUAAAAUUUCAGUGCCACAGAAAACUGGAAAUUUGUAUCACUUGUGUUAAUGCUUAUAUGCUUAUACAGACAUUUUUAUCCUGAAUAGAUUUAUAUAGUAUAUAAUAGUUCUUUUUCAUAAGUUUUAGAGAUGUAGAUUGUAAUUUUCAUGAUUUGUGAAAUUUUAAAUAUCUUCAUGUAUUGUUUUUAAGCUAUACUCUGUACUACAGCAAUAAUGCAUUGUAUUUAUUGGAAGAUUUGUGUCAGCGAUUAUUCAAUUUUAAGAUCUGCAGCUCAUAGCUCUAACACUUUAUUUGUCCAAAGUGUGUAUGUGAUAAAAGUCUAUUCUGCUGAUAUUCCUAUCUUGUCAUAGAGCUUUGUAGAAAAAGUGUGUGAAUGAAUGCAAUAAACUUUUUUUUAAUUAAA